AUGGGCAACGAAACAGUAAGCGUCGACGUCAACCAAAGAGAUGUCGAAAAUACACAGAGUGUCGGUCUGGAGCAAACACAAAACAAAUCUUCAAAGACGAAGAUCCUCGAAGUGAUCUGGGAUGGAGAGCGAAGUGAAGAAGAGAGGAGACUAGUUCAAAGACUUGACAUUUUUGUCUUGAGUUGGGCAACUUACGGAUAUUUCAUACGAUUACUGGAUUCGGGAAAUGUUACCAACGCAUACGUCUCGGGAAUGAAAGAAGAUCUCCAUUUUCACGGAGACCAAUAUAACCUUAUCGGCACUUUCUUCACAGUCGGUUAUCUCUGCGGUCAAAUCCCAUCUCAAGUUCUAUUGACGAAAUUUCGUCCAUCAUACUAUCUUCCCGUUGUAGAGCUAUUAUGGACUGUUGUCACUUUCAGCUUCGCAGCAGUUCAAACAACGAAGCAGGUGCUUGGCCUUCGGUUCGUGAUCGGCGUCCUCGAGAGUCCAUUUGCCGUAGGAGUUCUGACUGUGCUGGGAAACUGGUACACACAAAAGGAGCUCGCAAAGCGUAUCGCGAUCUUUUAUUCCGCCAGUUACGCAGCGAGCAUGUUUAGCGGGUACCUCCAAGCAGGCAUAUAUAAGGGUAUGGAUGGUCAUCUUGGGCUCGCAGGAUGGCGCUGGCUCUUUAUCUUCUGCGGUGUAAUCUCGCUCCCCGCGCCUCUCUGGGGACUCUACGCUAUCCCGGAUAAUCCAUACACAACAAGAGCGAGAUGGCUCAACCCGGAGAAGAUUCAGCAGUAUAUUGCUCGAAUGCAGAGAGUCGAUCGACGUGCGCCUGUUCCUCUAAGUUGGGCAAAGAUAAGGAAAAUCUUUUCUCGUUGGCCGCUCUAUGUGGUCACUCUCAUGCUUAUCUGUCAAUGCAUUGUCACUCAGCCCCUGAACUAUUUCUCGGUCUGGCUCAAGUCUCUAGACCGCUUCUCUGUCUACCAAAUCAAUCUUUUCCCUACGGCAGCUCAAGCGUUGGGUCUUGUAACAACUCUUGCCUACGCCUGGGUUUCAGACGCCCUAGGAGGAAAGCGCUGGCAGGUGAUGUGUGUUCCAGCUAUACUCAAUUUCGUUGGAAUGAUAGUUGUUGUCUCUGACGCUGGUUACGGUGCUACCUUUUUUGGAUAUCUUAUUAAUGCCGCUUCGUGGGGCAUGUGGCCAGUUACCUACGCAUGGGUGAACGAAAUAUGUCACGAGGAUGCCGAGGAGCGUGCGAUUGUCAUUGGUGUUGCUCAAACAUUUGGACAGGCUUUUAUUGCUUGGGUACCAGUCGUGAUUCUGAAUACUGGAAAGUAUGCUCCAAAAUUCCACCUUGGAUUUACUGUCAUGUCAGUGAUUAGCGUGGGCGAGUUCGCUAUGAUCUUCGUGAUGCUUUACUUCGUAACUCGAGAUAAAAAGAAGCAGGCUGCAAGGGAGAUUGAAACACCCGAAGGGCAGAACAGUCCUAGCACAGCUAGCUUAGAUGCUAAAACUACUGAGUAUUAG